AUGGGAGACGGCGUAAGGUCGACGGCCAGCUGGACAUGGAUGCUUUUCGUUUUGCUUUUAAGCUGCGGAUUAAGCCACAGCUUCCCGGAGCCAUUUAUUUCAACAAUUGAUACUGACGCACCAACCGUCGCACCGAAAUUUAUGACUCGAGGGCAUCUCUACAAGGCUAUCAUCGGCGACUCGAUCGAGCUGCCGUGCAAAGUAAAGGAUCUGGGCUCCUACGUGCUGCUGUGGCGCCGGGGGACGUCCGUGCUUACGGCAGCUAAUUUAAUGGUGACACGUGAUCCAAGAUUCAAGCUGGUCGAGGGCUACAACCUGCAGAUAGCGAACGUGAAAAUCCAGGACGCCGGUGAUUAUAUUUGUCAGAUCGGUGAUAACGAAAGCCGGGAUCAGGUCCACACGCUGGAAAUAUUGGUACCUCCAACAAUACGGGUGGUGCCACAGAAUCGACAAAUCACGGCCCGUAAGGGUAGCACCGUCACGCUGGAAUGCAAGGCAUCCGGUAACCCGGUGCCGGCCAUCUACUGGCACAAGAAGGACACUUUCAGCGGAUCGUCCCAUCUCUCGGAAAGUCCUACACUGCUGCUGGAACGCGUCGAUCGGCAUCAUGCCGGGGUGUACCAAUGCACGGCGGAUAAUGGCGUCCGGGAGGCCGUCCACGUCGAUAUCGAAGUUACGGUGCUGUCACCGCCCGAUAUAACCGUCGAGAAGACAUGGGUUCAUGCCAGCGAGGGCUUCGACAUCGAUCUCGUAUGCAUCGUGCACGGUGACGUGAACUCGGAGAUGCUUUGGUACCAGAACUCCUUCCUGCUCGAUCCGACCGAUCGCCGCUCGAUGUACUCCCGGGGUGACAAGUACACGCUGAACAUUAGAAACUUUCAGCAAUCCGAUUUCGGCAACUACAGCUGCGUUGCCGACAAUGCCUUGGGCAGGACGAAAAAGUACAUCGAAGUUUCCGGCCGACCCGGCCCGGCUGCGUUCCUGUCGCCGGCGUACAGCAACUAUCUGGACCGGUACAAUCUCACCUACACGAUAGAGUCUAUCCCACCGCUGGACGAGAUCAAGCUACUUUAUCGAAAGUUGAUGAUGAACGAAACAUAUCAACAUCCGGGCAGCUGGGAGGACACCAUUUUAGUGCCAACAUUAACCAGAUCCGAUCCUACACAUUUUAUUAUGUCGCAUGUGAUAAGGGGGCUUUCGCCGAACUCCGUCUACGAGGUAAUGAUCCAGGCGCGGAACGUGCACGGCUGGAACGAGAUUAGUGACAUUCAUCAGUUCUACACGCGUAACUUUGAGCUCACUCCGAACGAGCUGGAGUUCGUCAUGAGCUCGAUCUCCAACAGCGGCCACCGGAAACCAUUCUCCCGGGCUUCAAGUUUCCAGAUGCUGCUCGCUUGUCUUACGUUUGGGCUGCUCAGUCUGCCGGCGGUAAGAUGGUAAGCUGGUUGGUGCGCGGGUAGCAAUAUAAAACGAAACAAGAAAGAAAAAAAAACCAAAUGCUUAGCAAUUUAUAAUAAUUUCCCAUUCCCGUAAGCUUCACAACAAGUGUAAAAUAGAUUUCAACGUAAGUGUGUAAAGAAUGUGUCACUAGCGCCACAGGUUAGAAUUCGAUUGCCAUUUUGAGUAAAAAGG